UUCAUGAUUUGUUGACAUUAAUUUAAAAUUUUAGAUUUGAGGCUUUUAAAUUGUUUUUUGCCUCAUAUUUUUUAUAAAGAAAGUUUUAAACUUAUAGUGCCAUAUACAUGAAAGGAGGUCGAGAGAAUACUUUUGUGAUUUCAAUGCUCAACAAAGUUUAACAGAUUUUAUCUCUACACAACUGUACUAAAUAGAUAUAUUCUCACAAUGGAUAAAAGGGAACUUUUAAAGCAAGUUGGUACAUACAUUUCAGAUGGAAAAUUUCGACAAGCUAUAGAGUUUAUCAAUAAUGUUAAACUAAAUAAUGAGAUUGGUUUAAAUAUUUUAAUCCGUAUUGCCAAUGUUUGUCAUGAUAAAAGUAGUGAAUUACAAAAUGAAGAUUUUAAAGAUAUAUGUCAUUUAUUAAAAUAUGUUCUACUUCACAUAAGUACAUUGAAGGGAUCCUAUUUAGAUUCUUACCUGAAGUCAGCAUUUCAUAUAACAAAAGUUUUAGUUGAGAAAGAGUUGUAUGAACACCUUUCAGCCAUUGAAUUCAUGAUAUUACCUUCGUUUCUUAAUGAUUUUCAAGAUUCCAAACAUAUAUAUCAACAAAUAAUCUCCAAGCUUUCUCAUUCAAUAUAUCAUUUGGCAAAAACUAAGGAUACCAGUCGAAACAAACAUGUUUUAGAUAUUACCAAUCUUAUCUUAAAGUCGAGCACUAAAAUUUCUGAUGAUACCAUAACUUUAGCCAGGAAACUUUUCUGCAAUAUCUGCUGUUUAAAAUUUAAAAGUUACGAUUUAAAAUUAUUCUACCUUAUGGUUCUAAAGACAUUUAGAAGUAAAACUUCUUUUAGUAUCGAUGAGUUAGUCAUACUAAUAGAGAUAUUUUCACAAAUAUUUACUACUUUUAUUAAAGAACGUGCUUUUAAGGAUGCAGAAGAAUUAUUGAAUGAUAUUGGGACGUGCACUUCUUGUGAAUUGUUUAUAGAUUGCCAUAAGAUAUUCCAAAUAGUCACUGGGUUGUUUCCUAAAAAACUGAAUAAUGUUUCAAAUCAUAUUAAUAUUGAAUUACUCAUGAAUACACAUUUAGAGCUAAAAUACAGAAUAUUGCCUUUAUUAGAGGAACCCUUAAGAGUGCUUUUAACAUAUUAUGAAACAGAUGGGCUACAAACAUGGUGCUUACUUCCAUCUAAUAAUAUUGGUGCUUGUUUAGCAAUAUUCCAAAAUAGUAUUUUUAACUACUGGUUUAAUAAAAAUUAUUUAUCUAAGUCGGAUAUGAAUGAAAAGUACAACAUCAUUAUGAAAGUUGCCUGGCAUAUCCAUAAAUUAAUUCUCAGUAAUAUAGAACAGCAUAAAGACAGCUCGGAAGAAAAUUUUCACUCCGUAAGAAACUGGUUUAUUUAUUGUUACUCGCUCAUUGGAGAAAUGAAGAAAAACAAUUGCGAAAAAUGGAUUGGUCAUUAUAAAGUAGUUAAUUCCUACACUCAUAAUAUAGGUGUUGAACUAUAUAAUCAAAGCAACGCUGCAUAUAUACUCUUUUAUGAAGAAUUUAUACAGAGGUUUAUACAGUUUGAAGAUCUACCUGAAAAAAUUAUAAAGGCUAGCCUAAUUGAAAAAGCUUUUUAUGUUAUUUGUGAAAUGCAUUCCAAGAAAGGCGAUAUUUUGAGUUGCAUGGCAUUUGCUGCAUUACAUUGUUUAUUGUAUUUGGAUACAAGCUCAAACAUAUUUUUUGUUUGGUGGAUAAAGUCAAAGGCAAAGGCCAGGCAAGAUAGCAAAAUACAGUCGCAUACACUGGUAACUUGUUUAUAUGCUCAAGAAAAGGUUUUAAAAAAAAUUAUUGAUCCCACAAUCUAUUUAACAAACGACAAAAAAAUUGAACUGUUAAUUUUUGAGUUAACAAAUUAUAAAAACUUGUAUAAAAGCAAAACCCCCAUGAUGGAAACUUUUUGUCAAUUGAUUGAGAUUGCAGAUUUAUUAACCAUAGUGAGUGUUAUUUCAAAAAUAUUUGGUGAUGGAGAUGUUGUCCUGCAUGAUAAAAUGGCAAGUACGUUCUUUGAUUUAAUGGAAAGAAUUGAUGAAGGCGCAAGUACAACACAAAAACCUAUUUACAUAAUGGCAUUGUCAGUUUUACGGUAUUAUCAUUAUAAAACUGUUUGUAGAGAAGCAGCCAAAAAGAGUAUGGAAGAAGUAGACAAAAAUCAACUAGUUGUUGAAUCUGCUAAAGAAAAAUUUGAUCCAGUGCCUGAAGAUCCCAACGACGAAUGUGAUGUUGUAACUGCAUACGCUAACUUAACACUAAAUAAAUUUCUAGAAGUAUUGAACUAUUUAGUUAAGGCAUUAGAUGGUUUAUGCAAUAUUUUUGAAGAAAACUCUGAGUCUCUUGAGUUAGAUAUUCUACGUAACUGUGUAAAACUGUCAAUUAAGAUUGGAUAUGAAUUUCGUAUACAGUAUUAUGAACUAAAUUACCUACGUGCCUUUGAAUUAGGAUUUAAGAUUGCUGAGAAAACAUCAGAUAAUGAAAGUCAGCUAUUAUGUAUUGCAUUUCUAAUAGAAUCAGCAAAUACAAGUAAAGCGCUUGUGAGUAAAAUAAUUUCCCAAGCUGAUACAUUAAUUGCAACGAUGGAAAAAUGUAACGAGAAAAAUAAGUAUAAUAAAGUUAUGGCCAUGUACUAUAUAGCGAAAACCAAAGCAUAUUUACAUAAUAAAGUGGAUGUAGCAUAUGAGUCUUGGAAAAAAGCAAAUUCGGUAUUGGAUGCUGACAAAGAUAAUGAUGAAAUUGGAUUUCUUCGAGUAGAGCUGAACAUAUUAGAUUUUAAAUUAACGAGAGCGUGCAAUUUUGUUGUGGGAGAUCAUGCAAGAAAUCCAAUGACUACAAAACUACACUGUGCAUUUGACCUUGUUUGUGAUUUGUCCAAAAAUGAUGACGUUUCUAUGGGCACUUAUGAACGAUGCGUUUUAUUGGACACUGUUUAUGAAUUGACUAAGGCAUACUUGCUAAAACGAUUACCUCGAGAUUUAAGAUGCUAUUCUAAGAAUUCUCUUGUUCUUACACAAAAAAUGAUGCUGCCAAUGAGAUGUGUAUCAUUUCUAACAUUACUAGCCUACUGUGAUCUUUUAACCUGCCAAAUAGACAACUGCGGUGUCAAGUUAAGCGGAAUUAAAGAUAUAUUUUGCAUAGAAAAGUCUGCAUUAUGUGAUGCUCUUGAUGACGAGAUUGAGCAGGUUAGAAGUGGAGUGCAACAACUAACUGUGGAAGGACCUCAGUCAUCUGGUCAAUUGUCUCCUUUACUCAAUUAUCUGUCUGAGGAAAACUUUAAAUUACCUGAAUUUUUAUACCACAGGGAAGAUUGUUUGUGUUUUUUCUGCAUGUCAUGUGAAUAUCAUAAAUUUCUGAUACAGAAAUUUCAUUUGGAUGCUUUAUUACAUAUGUACAAGGGAAACGGAAAUUUAGCUGAUAAUUUUAUUAAAGGAACAUUAAAAUUUUAUGACAGAUUGAAGGCGAAUUAUCCUAAUUAUAUUAAGAAAGCUGAAAAGUUAAUAUCAAUUGAUUUAAUCCCUGAUUUUGAGGAAUAUUUUUUAGAAUGUUAUGGAAAUGUAUUAUUUGACUACAGUUAUCAUUUACGUCGUUGCUUAAAUAAUUCUGAAGCGCUUGAAGUCAAUACACGUUUGAUACAACUUUUAAUGCCAAAGAAAAUAGAAUUUGCCAAUUUAUACUGUGAAACGCUCUUACAAAGAUAUAGUUAUAUGACUCCUAUUUCUCCGACAAAACCUCGCCUUCGCUCCAACAGGGACUUGAGUCCAGUGGUAAAUAUAGAUAAUACAUUAGCAGUAACGCCUGAAAAUAAAACGAGCACAGUCACUGUACCAUUAAACAGUUCUUACAAGGUUUCGCCGCCAAAACAGCGGAUAAAAACGAAAACUACCCUUUUUAAGUCGCCAAGCGAGUCUGAAUUAAAAUUGAUUCCGUCACCUAUUCACUCAAUGAAUUUCAAACAAAAAACAACAAAAAAGGAGGUUCAUAAUGAUGGAUCUAUACAUUUCCAAAUACCAAAAGCGAACCAAAAACAGGGCGGGGUACAGUUAUUUUCAACGCCAAAUAGCGUCCACAUUCAAACACCAAAAAUAAAUAUAUUUACAGAAGAUGAAUCUCCGAGUACUUUACGCAAAACCAGAAAGAAACAACAAAGUAGCAGUAAAAAACAAUCAGGCGAUGUGCAAACAAGUUCAGUUAAGAAAGUUACAAGGUCUAAGAAAAACGUUAACUAUGAUAAUGAGGAGUCAGAUAGAAAAAUGCAAGAAAAUAAACCGAAUAAACAUCAAACGGCAGAAAUUCCAAAAUCAACUUCGAAAACAAGGAGUCGAGUACAUACAAAAUUAACGGAACUCAAUGACCAAGGCGACAACAUUUCCUCGAAACCCAAAGUAUUCGACAGCGACAAAAAUGGUUGUGUUUCGGGUAGCCCUGGGCGUAAUGUUAUGAGCACAAGGUCAAAAGUUUUACUAGAAAAAAUAAAAACAUCUGCGGUAAAGAAGCAAGAUGAGGCUGGAACGAGUAAAACAAAUGUUACUGGAACCAAGCCAAAAGUUCAGAAAAAAGAUGAAUCUCCGAGUACUUUACGCAAAACCAGAAAGAAACAACAAAGUAGCAGUAAAAAACAAUCAGGCGAUGUGCAAACAAGUUCAGUUAAAAAAGUUACUAGGUCUAAGAAAAACGUUAACCAUGAUAAUGAGGAGUCAGAUAGAAAAUUGCAAGAAAAUAAAUCGAAUAAACAUCAAACGGCAGAAAUUCCAAAAUCAACUUCGAGAACAAGGAGUCGCGUAAAUACAAAAUUAACGGAACUCAAUGACCAAGGCGACAACAUUUCCUCGAAACCCAAAGUGUUCGACAGCGACAAAAAUGGUUGUGUUUCGGGUAGCCCUGGGCGUAAUGUUAUGAGCACAAGGUCAAAAGUUUUACUAGAAAAAAUAAAAACAUCUGCGGUAAAGAAGCAAGAUGAGGCUGGAACGAGUAAAACAAAUGUUACUGGAACCAAGCCAAAAGUUCAGAAAAAGUUAGUCAGGCAAUUGUUAUUACACUAG